UUCUGAUGAGGAUGAAGUGUCAUGUACUCGUUUUCUUUCUUUUAUUUUUUAUUGACUGCUUUGCAGAUGAGGACUUGUAUGAUGUACUUGGGAUUCGUAGGACAGCGUCGACCAAAGAAAUAAAGCAAGCCUACAAAAAUCUAGCCAGAGAAUGGCAUCCUGACAAAAACAAAGACCCAUCAGCAGCAGAUAAAUUUACAAAAAUCAAUGAGGCAUAUGAGACACUGGGGGACCCAGAACGAAGGAGACAGUAUGAUAAGUUUGGUUACACCUCAGCCAAAGAGCACAGACAGCAAAGCAGGGGCAGUCCAUUUGGUGACCCAUUUGGAGAUCCUUUUGAGGGAUUCUUUCAUCAUUUUGGGGGGUUUGACUUCAAAUUUGGAGGAUCAGGGUUUUCAGACACUUUCAUUGAGAAGAAUAAUAUCAACAUGAGAGUUUAUGAAACCAAGAUACUACCAGAGAGUCACCAGAAGCCUUAUGUUCUAUAUGCCUAUGCCGAGUUUUGCUAUGAAUGUGUUCAUUUGGAGCCUGUUCUUGAGAAAUUAUUUAAAGAACUAGAGUCUGUUGGGAUUGGCAUGGGAACCUUCCAUGCAGGAAAAGUACAGCGGUUGGCAGUGGAAUUGAGAAUUACUCGAGUUCCAAGGAUAAUGGCUGUGAUGAAUGGACGUGUCACAGACUUCAGGGGCCGCGUCACACUUCACAACCUUAGACAGUUUGUUAGAGGGCUCUUUCCACAGAAGUUGAUUCAGUCUAUAAAUGACAGAAACAUUAAUGACUUCCUGAGUGGCUGGGAGGACAACCACAUGAGAGGAAUUUUCUUUUCCCCAAAGGAGGAAAUUUCUGCUCUGUUUUUGGCCCCAGCUUUUUACUACAAAAGUUUUGUAACAUUUGGGCAUGUCAACACGAACUCUGAUGAUGUGUACAAACUCCUGAGGAAGUUCAAUCUUCACAGUGGACAUAAAAGUCUGUUAAUGUUUAAUGAGGACAGCCAGUCACCUGUGGCAUCACUUAGUAUGCAGCAAAUGUCUCGUUCGACCAUUGAUGAAGUCAUUGAGUCAAACAAGUUUCUUUUGCUGCCUCGGAUUUCUUCACAGACUUAUUUUGAGCAGCUAUGUCCAGCAGAAUUAAAAGCCAAACGCAAAAAGUUGUGUGUGGUGCUUAUUACCAAAAAGAGUGAGGAGAAUGAGAGACAGAAAUUCAGGAGAUAUCUGCAGAAGUCCAGCUUUCUAAAUCAUGAGCGGGUGAGGUUUACAUAUAUGUAUGAAGAAACUCAGGCUAAUGUCAUCAAAACCCUGAGUAAAAACGAGGAAUCAGAUAGCAGUGGAGCAGAAAAGAACGUGGUGAUCAUCUGGAGAGUAGAGAAAAAUCACCUGAGUUAUGAAUGGCUGAAGAAUGCCUUUACCAAAGAAUCGGACUUGCUAAAUCUCCAAAAAGAACUGGAAGAAAGAGUCAAACAGUUGUUAAAUUCUGACGAGUCACUAGCCUACAGAACCGUACUGCCAGAAUUCCAUAAUGAACAUGCUUUGCAUCUUUUAGUUCGAAUCUUUCAUAGAUUUCAACACUGGGGAGAAAAACUCUGGAUAUUUGUAACAAGCAUGGACCCUGUCACAGUCCUUACCCUGUUUAUGGCUAUUGCUAUGGUUUUUGGAAUGGGUUAUUUUAUGUCUACAAUGGCACAAAUUGAGGAAGAACAGCUGAGAGAGAGACAGCCAAGACGGUACAGACCCAGACCCCCAUCCAGGACUCCCGACCAGAAGAGAGUAAACCUGUAUGAAUUGACACCUGACACGUAUGAUACCCUCGUUCUGAACUCGGACGCAGGACUGACCAUGAUUUUACUGGUCAACUACGAAUCAGGGGAUAAACUACUCAAUAAGUUCAAAGAAAUUGUUCUUCCUCUGACCAGAUACAGUGGUCUGUCAUUUGCUUUUCUAAGACUCGAGAGCUACAUUGGUUGGUACUCACAUUUACUGGAAGACAGUGUAGGACAUAAAGUCGCUUUAAAGAACAUAAAUAUCAACAACUGUAUAGGGACAGUGCUAGCUGUCAAUGGUAUGCGUAAAUACUACUAUAUAUACCAGCCCAAGAAGGCUAGAAAGUGGAUAAGACAAAGUGGCAAGAAUAUUCCAAGUGCCAUUGGAAUGUUUGAUUCAGAUGAGAACUCGGACAGUGAUCAGGACUCGCGCGUUAUCCUUGUGGAGGAACUUCUAGAUGGAUUGCUAGACUGGUUUGACAAAGUGUUUGAUGGAUCUCAAAGUAAAAUUCGAGUCAGCUCUUGGCCGGAUCUAAGAGCAGUGUGAUGAAUGUUCUUAUUUCAAUAUUUUUUUUUUAUCCUUUAUACCACUGAUGCCAUUGUGUUCAUGUGCGAUUGUUGUGAUUUCGUGUGCUUGCUACAAACCUUUCCUUUUACGUGAUCUCCCUUUUUUUCUUUAUUGUUUUUAUAAAUUAUUGUUGUACUAGGUGUAUUAGGUUUUUAAAAAAACCAAAAUUUAUCACAGGUGAUGUGUGAAUUAGAGAAAACUGAAAUAUGUUAAACAACAUGGCCAUUUUGUGUAAAAUCAGAAAGAUUGUGUGUUGACUUGUUACCAAUUAAGCCCUAUUUCCUAUAUACAGUAGCACAAAAUGUUUUACUCAGGUAUGAAAUCCAGUUAAUCAGCAUUUAAGAACAUGAUGUUUUUUUUCUUUUAAAUCUUCUUCUAUAGAUCAUCAGCUUCUGUUGAUGAUAAAUGUUUAACUCGUACUCUAUAGAUGUAGUUAAUGAAUAUUUAUUUAUUUAAAUUAUUUAUUUAAGAUUUAUCAGACUGUAUGAGAACUCCAAAGAUAUACAGAUGUGUAUUAUUAGUUAAUUUGUUGAUAGUUGUAAUUCAUGCAGAAUCAAAAUUCAGUAAGGAGUCUUAUUUAUGUAGCAAUAUAAUGCUCCUUCCAAGCAGAAGAUACCAUGCAUUUCCCAUCUCUUUGGCUUUUCAGCUUUCGUAUUGUCAUUCAGUACAAAAUACUAAGUGACUUUCUUUA